AUGGCUGUCAUGGAUCCCUUCACCGCCGACCUACUUUCGGGUCCUUCCCUCCCCGGCGCCUUCUCAUGCGCCGCCGACCACCGCAUGGAGUUUGACGACGCCUACCUCCGGGCGAUCGGCGCACUCCCUCCUCUUCCGACUGUCCACCUCCACCACGCCGCGCUCAAAGAUUCCGUGGAGCUCCCGGCGACGCUGUAUGCCGCCGCAGUCGACGCCCAUCUUUUUCCCCCGCCGUUCGAGGUGCCCUUGCCGUCCCUGCUUCCGGACCGCGUCGUCCCGGACUCCAAGAACACGGCGGCACGCCCGCAUCUGUCCGGCUUCGAAUUCGCUCCCACGCCCGCCGAUCACGCCGCCGCACUCGGAUGUUCCGUGGAGCUCCCGGCGACGUGUCAGCUGUACGCCGCCGCACUCGACGCCCAUCUUUUUCACCCAUCCUUGGAGGUGCCCGCACCGUCCCUGCUCCCGGACCGCGUCGUCCCGGACUGCAAGAACUCGGCCACGCGUCCGCGGCUCUCCGACUACGACAUUGACAUCGACUUCAACCUCUGGGAGAUGGAGAAGAACGUCGAGGAGCGGCCUUCGCCGGACUACCUGAACACGGUGCAGGGAGAUCGGAUGAGCCCAUCGAUGCGUGCCACCCUCGUCUUCUGGAUGGACGACUUCACCCGGCACUACGACCUGGCCCCUGGCACGCUUCACCGCGCCGUCUCCUACGUCGACCGCGUCCUGUCGGCGCGAACCUUGUCUACGGCUCGCACGGACAUGGAGUAUGAGCUCCGUCUCCUGGGCGCCACGGCCGUCUUCACCGCCGCCAAAUACGAGGAGCGGGGCACCAGAUUCAAGGUGAACGCCGCGAAAAUUGCCGACGACUGUGGGUUCGCCACCAGCAAGGAGGUGACCGACAUGGAGUGCAAGAUGUUGGCGGCGCUCCGGUACGAGCUCAGCGGACCAACGGCCUACACGUUCGUGGACCACUUCACCAGGUACAGCAACGGAGAGCGCGAGCUGGAGGUUCAGAGGUUGGCGCAUCAGCUCGCCGAAACAUCGCUGGUGGACUACAGAUGCCUGCAGCUCAUGCCGUCCGCCGUGGCGGCGUCGGCGGUCUUUCUCGCCAGACUGAUCUUGAACCCAAUGGCCAGCCAGGUGCAGAAGUGGAACAGGGAAUUCACGGAGCUGACAGGGUACAAGCCCACGGACCUCAUCCUUGGCAUUCAGUCCUUGUACAUGAUGAAUCCCGAUCCUCGCUUCGUGAUCUUGCCAGAGUUCUUGUAA